AGAUAGGCGAUGACGUGGUAAUAAUCGAUUCAAAAUUAAUCGAUUAUCACAACGAUGAAUCGAAGUAAUCGAUUAAUUUGCGACAUCUCUACUGAUGUGUUGCCGUGUCCUUGCCGCAAGCCCGCAAACUGUUGCACAAGAAACUAUUUUUUGCGAAAAUGGAAAGUCAAGCAAGUGCUGCGCCUCGUUUCGACGAACACAAGUUCUGCCGUUUGUGUAUGUCCGGUGUCUACGAACUGCGCACGUUGAUCCCCAAUAAACUCGGUGGACCGGAUAUGAUCACAAAGAUCCACACUCUGACGGAAGUCACCAUUGUUCCGUCAGAAGAGCAGUAUUCCCGUAUAUGCAUCCGCUGCAUUAAGCAACUUGAAGAAUUGGACCUGUUUAGGCGUCGCUGCAAGGACAGCGACGACCAGAUUCGUAAGAUGCGCAAGCAGCAGCAAAAUGACAAAGCAUCUGCUCCAAGGAAUGCAGUAUUGGAAGAUCGCAGUGAGGUGGCCACUAGCAAACUCUACAGAAGCAUAUUCGAUCGUCUGCAGUACUGUGAAGAUGCAAUGAUUCCGGGCGAAUAUCGUAUUAUGUACGGUGGAAACUUUUACCGUAGUAGUAGCUUAAGAGUAUGGAAAUGUGAACGGUAUGCAUGUCAUUGCUUGAUGGUAAUCAAACAUGAUUUAUGUUCUUUUGGUUUCUUUGGAGAGCACACACAUGUGCUUAGCGAUACAACUUCUGUACGAAAGAUCAUCGGAAUGGAUCGCCAAGUUAUGGCAUUUCUAAGCAACUUGCAAAAACGCCAUUCUAAGCAAGUUCCACAUCCAAGUAAGGAUCGACACGAUUUAAAUUCGAAUAAUACCCGACAGGAUCAAGCAGCAAGCCCAGUACCCGCAGCAAAAACCGUUCAAACCAUUCAAACUCCCAGGGUGGCACAAAUACUUGGAUUGAACAUGUAUCAGCAUGGAAAUCCUACAAAUAUUGUGCCCGGAAGCAUCAUCAAAAUAAUCUCCCCAAAUUCGCACACAACAAUACUGUCUGCAAAGUGCAGAGCUCGCACAGUUCCUCUCAUCACAGCUUCAGCAACAACACAGCCGACCAACUCAAAUGAGAAAACGUUGUCCAGUGUUCUCAAUCAAAGACCGAAGGAGCAAGUCUCUACACAAAAUGAUUCGGCUUUUUGUGAACAACAAAGUUCAACGCCCAAGAGUUCCGAAGAACGCGAUGGCGAAUCACCAGCUCAUACUCAGGUCAAAGUGAUACCAGCACUGAAGCCAAUUGAUGUGCUCCGAACAGAGCGAAAAUUGCUUGUGAAGAAAUCUGAUUCAACAAAACAUAAACCAUCGGAUAUGAAGUGCAAGCGAACCAUACGUUUCGCAGAUAAGAUACCACGACCUGAUGAACCAGUUGAAGCUUCAACCUCCACCGCGCAUACUCUUACAACUACUGAAAAACACAGGAAAUCCAGAGCAGAAUUGGUGGAUGAACUUUUCAAGCAGAUACAUACUACUUUGAAGAUUUGCAAAUCAAAAACACACGCAGAAUCCUCUCAUUCGAACAAUGCAGAGAACAAGUCAGGCGCCGGUUCGCCAUCAUCGAUCCGAGACGAUGUCGAGGGAACAGAACUACCGAAAUCUGAUUCAAUCGACGACUCCAACGCCGAGGCAACUGUGCCACAUGAUCAGCCAGAAACUUACAAGAUUCAUACUUCAACCCCGAAGAAGCGCAAGGCACAGUCGGCGGAACCAACCGAAAAGAGCAAAUUGUUCAAAGCUUGACCAGCUUCGGGAUACUAAAUAUCAAUUAGAUGUUGAUAUGGUUUUUAGGUUUUGUAUUCGGACCAAAUAUAAUUUGUUUUGUUCAAUUCACAA